AAUUAUACGUAGUAAUUUUUUCUAAUAUAUGCUCUGCACUUCUGCAGUAUUGUAGAACGAUAGGAGAUGAAGACAGGGAGGAAUUUCCGCAAAAGAAGUUUUGUUGACGAAGAGGAAGACGACGAGCAAGACAGGAGAUCGGCUCUAGAGGAGGUGAAAUUUCUUCAGAAGCAGAGGGAGAAGAAGCUAGGAAUUCCUGCCCUUCCUCCCACAGCGCAGCCUGCUCCUGGCGCCGGCGCAGGCGCCGGCGCCGGCGUCUCUAGCAAUGGAAUGGCGGGUGGUUUAGUUUCCAAGAAGGUUAACGACAAGGGCGAAGGGGACGGGGAGAAGGAUGACUUGGUGUUGCAGGAUACUUUUGCACAGGAAACUGCCGUAAUGGUUGAAGAUCCUAAUAUGUUGAGAUACAUUGACCAAGAAUUAGCAAAGAAAAGGGGUAAGAACAUUAAUGUGGCAAAUGAAGCUGAGGGUGAAGUUAAGCGUGCUGAGGAUGAACUAUACCAAAUUCCAGAGCAUCUUAAAGUAAAGAGGCGCAAUUCAGAAGAAAGCUCUACUCAAUGGACUACCGGCAUAGCCGAAAUUCAGCUCCCCAUUGAAUACAAACUUAAGAAUAUUGAGGAGACAGAGGCAGCUAAAAAGGUCCUACAGGAAAAGAGGUUUAUGGGUCGGACCAAAACUGACUCUAGCAUUCCAUCAAGUUAUACUGCAGACUAUUUCCACCGUGGCAAGGAUUAUGCUGAGAAGCUUAGGAGAGAACAUCCUGAACUAUACAAGGAUAGGAAUUUUGAGGAUAAUAGCAUGGAGUCUACAGCCAAUGAUUCAGUUACAGAUGUAGCAGUAAGAAGGCAGGCUGCUACAGAUGAGUUCAUGCUUGAACGUUUCCGGAAACGUGAACGCCAUCGUGUGAUGCGGAGAUAGCAGAGCAUUGGAUGAGCUUCUUGGAUCUGUUUUUACUUCAGAAGUCAGAACUGACUGGGCUAUAGUUCCAUUUACACAUGUAUCAGUAUUACUUUGUAUAUUUGGAGCUGUUCAAACAUUUCAGGUUAAGAUGCAUGGAAGACCAAAUGGAUAGUGAACUUUAUAUAUUCACCCUUGUUUGCUAAAUGAUUGUUAGCUGAUAGCUAUUAGUUGAUUGGAUUAAAGGGUAUUAUUAGUUAAUAAUAUUAAUUGAUUGUAGAAAUAUAUUUGGUGAA